UGUCAUUGAAGUAAAGUCAAUGGGAAUAUCAGGGCGGCAUAUGCCCGUUAUUAUAUAUAUAUAUGAUCAUAAGCAGAGACAAGGAAACCAGUGAUUGACUCCACCUUCUUAUGCGUUUGAACUGUCUUCAGAAUUUCCAGAUUCCUCGGAUUUCCAGAUCCAUCGCCAUGGCGUCUGUGAGUAGCAGCAAUGGAAAGAAAUUUAUUCAAAUUGAUAUCACUUCUGACACUGUAUGCCCAUGGUGCUUUGUUGGGAAGAAGAAUCUGGACAAAGCUAUAGCAUCGUCCAAUGAUAAAUAUGCAUUUGAGAUCAGAUGGCAUCCCUUUAUGCUAUUACCUUCCGCUCCCAAGCAAGGUGUUCUUAAGAAGGAAGUGCUCCUUGAAAAGUUUGGGCCUCGAGCUGUACAAAUCGAGGCUCGAAUGGCAGAGGUUUUUAAGGGGCUUGGAAUGGAUUACGACACUGCCGGGCUUACGGGAAGUACUCUGGACAGCCACAGGUUAAUCUACUUUGCCGGAAAGCAAGGCCUCGACAAGCAGCAUAACCUCGUCGAAGAGCUGGGCAUCGGCUAUUUCACUCAGGGAAAGUACAUAGGUGACAGGGAAUUUCUGGUGGAAGCUGCUAAUAAAGUUGGAGUCGAAGGAGCAGCUGAGUUUCUUGAAGAUCAAAACAACGGGCUGAAGGAGGUUACUGAGGAGAUCAACAAAUAUUCAUCGCUCAUUAGUGGAGUCCCGCAUUAUGUGAUAAAUGGGAAGUACGAGUUGAGUGGAGGACAACCACCUGAAGUCUUCCUAAGAGCUUUCCAAGCAGCUGCUAGCAAAUGACUAAGUUUCUCUGCCGAAGAGAUGGGAGUUUCUUCCAGAAAAAUUAUGUUGUCUCUCUCUUGUAUUGUUUCAAGUCUCAUUACUACUAUUAUUGUCAAAAAAACAAUGGAAGUCUUUUUAUUACUUUGUAAGAGAGUGGUUUGAGAUUUCUUGUCAACAGAUAAAGUGCACCAAUAUAUACAGAUUGCGAUGUUUGAUAUUUGAAUUGGAUCUGAGAUUUGUCCUCAUUAUAAAUAUUUUUCUG